CAUUCAAAAGGGCAGCCUUCCGCCUGGCCCAGUUCCAGCCGGGGUAACUCUCUUCCGCCAAACUAACCCGCCUCCCUCCAUCGUUUCAGCGGGGCUCAGUAUCCUUCCCCUCUUCGCAUCCUACCGCAGGGGAUGCGCGCCGUCCAACAGCGGCCGCCCUCCGCGCCAGAGGUGGCUGCCCUCCCGUGCUGGGCAGGGCGGCGCGUGGAGCCCUUGGGGCGGAACAGUGACUAAUGACAGCCGCCGUGCCCGCUCCCGGCUGGUGAGCGGCGGCUCCUCCCGCGCCCGGGAGGAAGAGGCGGGGUUUCACCUGGAGCCCGCGGGGAGGAGCUGGGGCUAGCUGCUGUCUCGCAGGUACAGGGCCAGGCGGGAAGCGCAGCAGGGCGCCCGUGGCAGCCGGGGGCCCCGAGGAGGAGCAGCCUGCUGCUGCUGCUGGGAGAUGGCCGGGGGCCGCUCCGUGGCGCUGGCGGCCGGGCUCCUGCUGGCCGCGGCUCAGCUCCUGCAGCGGGCAGGUUCUUUUGCAAUAUCUCUUCGUGCUGUGGACAACAUCACUGUGACAAUUAAACCAGGGUCUUCUGUUCCACCACUAAAGUACUGUAAAAUCUGUACCAGUCAAACAUGCAAAUUUGAACUCAAGAUAACUGCUGGGGUAAAAGAAGAUUUUACUUUCCAGUGUGAGGCACCAGAGAAAUAUUUAGUCAUGGAAAUCCAGAAGAACAUUGAUUGUAUGUCAGGCCCAUGCCCCUUUGGAGAUGUUCAUCUUCAGCCAUCAGGACUGCCUCGCCUUAACAGGACCUACUUCUGGGAUGUGAAAGCCAAUAAGAAGGUUGGACUUGAACUGAAAUUCUCUACACCAUGGUUAAGGCAGAUUGGGCCCACAGACACUUGUCCAGAUUUAAUCACAUACAGUAUCAGCAGCUGUAUUGACACUACCACAGUCAGCAUUGGAACCUUCUGCAGAAAUGGCUCAGUGUCUCGGGUCAAGGUGCAGGGGGGAGUUGUCAUGGCUUUAAAGCUCCCAUGGAAUUCAGAUCUCACCACCUCUGGCUUUAACAUAGCAAACAGAUCUUCCAUAAAAAGGUUGUGUAUUAUUGAAUCUACUUUUAAAGGAGAGACGUCAGCAACGCUAAUGUCUGCCAACUACCCACUGGGAUUCCCAGAAGAUGAGCUCAUGACAUGGCAGUUUGUUGUUCCUUCUGACCUUAGAGCCAGUGUCAUCUUCCGCAACUAUAGCUUUUCCAACUGUGAAAGGAAAGAGGAAAGGGUGGAAUAUUACUUACCUGGAUUAUUCAGUAGUCCUGAGGUGUUUAAACUGAGUGACAAACAACCUGCCAAUAUUGCUGGCAAUUUCAACUUGUCCCUGCAGGGCUGCGACCAGGAUGAUCAGAACCCCGGGAUCCUCCGUCUGCUUUUUCAGAUUGUAGUUCAACAUCCUCAAAAUGAAGAGAAUGUAACAUACUUGAUUGACUUAAUCAAAGAGAGGGACAUAAGUAUAACCAUACAGCCAAAAUCACCACACAGUGAGCAUCCUUUGCAGUUUGAGCCAGAAUGUUUGAUAUGUAAAGAUCCUAGAACCUGUGAACGUAAUGUAACUUUAACAUCAGGCACCAUUUACAGGAUUUUCUUCCUGUGUUAUGAUUUGGAGAAUCUGAGGAUCACAGCUGAAAAAACCAUAGCCUGUUGGGAUCUCAAAAGAUGCCAAAAGAAGAUCUAUGACCUCACUGUGCCCAGGGCUAUUUCCCAGCUCCCAGUUCGGCUGGAUAAGUUUAUUUGGAAGCUAUUGGCUCCAGAAGAGAUCAAUGUGGAAAUAAUGUCUCCAUCCUUGAAGCUACAACAACAUAUCCAAGAGCAGAGGUGCAAUACAAGUUACAGCUAUGGCAUUGUCAGCACCACCAAGGGAAAGGAUUUAAACCUUGGUAUAUUCUGUCCUGGUGGAUCCAUUGAAAAGAUUCAGAUGAGAGACAAUAUCACCAUAUCCCUAAAAACAUUUGGCAGAGGAUUCCUCAAUGAGUCUCUUAAUCAGGAUCUGAAAAUGUCUUUUGUGCCAUUUAUUAAAGAGGAAUGUAUCUUCACUGUGAUCCCAGACCCAAAAGCGCAAGUUUACCUACAAACCCCUAACUGGCUCGAGGGUUUGCCUCCUUAUGUCUCAGUGUCCUGGAACAUCACAGUCCCCAGUAAGCAAGUUGCUCGCUUAGCAUUCUUGAAGGAGCGGAUGGACAUUGCUUGUGAAACAGGGCGCGCCUAUGUCAACAUACAGGAACAGAAACCAGAGGCUGAAGAAACUGUGCGCCGUGAAGAUGAGCUGCUUCCUGAGCCUCUGCAUAUGUAUCACAACUUCUGGGUAAACAUCUCUAACUGUAAACCAGUGAAUAAGAAACAGCUGAGCCUGCGGUUCUGGGUGACAUUUGUCCCACAAAAGACAGAUCUGACAGUGAUAAUUGCUAUGGUAGUUGGUGUGGCUGCAGCGCUCUCAAUUAUCGGAAUCAUCAUAUGCUGCACUAGGAAGAGGAAGAAGGAAAGCCAGACUCCUGAAGUGGGUACAUAUAAUGUCAACAUCAAUACCCAGAUGCCUGGAAGACAGGGCUUAUUCAAAAAGAGGAGGCAAGAAAAUGACUCCCAUGUCUAUGCAGUCAUUGAUGAUGCCAUGGUGUAUGGAGAUUUGCUGAAGGAAUCCAAUGGAUCAAUCAAUCCAGAGGUAGAUGUGUACCAGCCUUUUGAUGGGCCUAUGGGUGACACACCACCUACUCCACCUCCCAUCUCUUUCAAGAGAGCCACUCAAAUAUCAAACUCUGAGGAACUCCCCUUCUGCCCAGAGAGGGACAAUGAACCAUACACUUUUGCACAUCACAAACCAGAGGAGACCAGGAGCAAUGGAGACACAAGUGUGAACAGUACUGGAGAUGUGGGCAUGUCCUUGUUGGAAAGUAAAGAACAAGGCGGCUUGGUGGAAUGACUUAUGCCAAAGGAAUGACUUUGGUUUGGAAACGAGGGUGACACUGUGAAGAAAAGUGAUCUCAUAUGCUGUAGAAAAAUCAGAAGAGAUUUAUUGUUUUAAGCGUGGAUAGACAUGGAUUGUUUUAACCUCAACUGCUGAUGUUUUCAAAUUUUAGAAUGAACCUUUAGGAAACCUAUCAACAGUUCCUGUACCAUCCAUGAAUGCAAGUACUUCUCUUUUGGAAAUGGAAGCAAAGAUAUGCUUCCUCUUCUAUCAUAAAGCCAGAGGGAAAAUGGAUUUUCAAAAGCUCAGGAACUGAACGGAACUGGGAGAAUAUUUGCUCAACAGUUUCUCUCUUCCAAGUAAUUCCUCCUUUUCCUGAAGAUUGUUGGGUGUUGAUUGAAGAUGUAUCCCACACCACUGACUCAGGGCAGCUCUGAAAUCUAUGGAAUAGUCUUACUAGAAGCUGGAUUUCUUCCCUAAAGUCGGAGCAUAGGAAGCGGUAUUGUAUGCCAGUUCUUCUCCCUUCAUCUCCUAGUUUAGCAGCAAGCAUAAUACUCUUUUGUGUAUUUGUUUUAAAAAAAAUUAUCAUUUUUGAGAGCUUAAAAAAAACUUGCACUCCCGCUCUGAUGGCUGUAGGGUUCAGGUCUCUUAUUCCACUAUACUUUCUUGUUCCAGUAAUGACAGAAGGUGCUCUAAAGAAAUAAUAAUGGCAUCCCAUCUGCUACUAAUGCUUUGCACUUGACCUGAAAGAGAGAUUUGUUUAUUGAAGGAAGACAAAUAUUGAGGUGGAAAAAUGUGUUCCAUUUCCAACAUGCAAUUACUCUGUCAGACCCCUGUGCAAAAUGUAUGAAUUAAUCCACAAAGCAGGCCUAGGUAUUUACUGGAGUUUUAGUGUUGGAUUUACAACAGUGCCUGAAUGAUGCAGGAGCACAAGUCUUGUGGGUAUUUCCACAGAAAUGGUCAGAGGCCUAGCUACUCGUGUAUACACAAAUCAGGCACUUGUAUAUGUACAAUCACGAUUACGUGCACACUUUUGCAUAUGGUACUAGAGCGAACUACUUGGAGAUCUGGCUCUGCUUGUCACACUAUGAAUGAUCUCUUGCAUACCAAUAUUUGAAGGGCAACGUAACUUAGAAGAAGAAGAAACUAUAUAAACUUAUGCACAGUAACUGGAGAUUUCAAGCAACUGUAACCGUCUAUGACUGAAAUCCUGGCCCAAUUGAAGUUAAUGGGGAUUUUUCUGUUGACAUCAACAGGGCAAGGAUUUUCACUCUCUGUGCUAAAUAUUUUAUCAUAACUCUUCUUGAUAAAAUAACAAUACCAUUUUCCUUGAAUCAAUAUCCAUUUCAUACUUACGUUGCAUCUGAAGCAGUUUUAUCAUAGAAUUUCUGUUAACAUAUUGUGAGACCCCUGUCAUCUGAGAGUACUUUUAAUUGUGUCUUAGGGAGAUUAAGUGGUUAUAUGUUGCACUUGAGUGGAGAAAUGUGUAUUCUUAUAUCCAUCUCCUCUUUUGUUGUUGGGAUCACAUAUGUCAAGGUACAGUAGAGCAUUUAAAUGCCAUGUGAGAACUUAAAUUAUGCUAUUCUGCCUUGAUUCCUGCAAUAACUACAGUUAUUUUUCUCAGGCAAAUAACUUCCACAAUAUAUUUUUCUUGGGGCAAUUCAAUUCUGUCUCCAACUGGUCAAUGUUACUUAAUUUCCAUCUUUUUUGGGAAAGGGUUGCGGGGCUCUGUAGAAAUAUUCAAAACCCUGUUAUCCAUCUGCAUUAAUCUUUGCAAUUUAUUAGGCAAGAAACUUUAGUUCUUAUUCUGGCGAACAAACUGCAAAGCAUAUGACAUAGGCCAAACUUUUUCUAUUGCCAUCUUUUGAUUUUGAGGGAAGAAUGUGAAGGUCGAGUUAUCCAACUCUUCUGGUGGCUGUAUGGUUUUUACUAGAUAUAGUUUAACUUUUUGGUUGGUAUGAAAUCAAAGUUACAAUGUGUUUACCAUGGUUUGCAAUUCUCUCUUUGCCAAGUUUGGACUUCUCUGCAUUUCCUUUGCUGCAUUAAGUAUAGGAAUUGAAACAUUGGCUCAAGUUUCAUUUUUGUUAGGAGAAAUUGUAGUUUUUAAAAAAAUAUUACAAUAAAUAGAACUAAACUGUGAGCACAAACUGGAAUAGUUACCAGGGCAAUUUCAUGCCUUUUGUUUCUUCUUUCUUUCUUUUGUAAAUUGGGUUUUGAAGUAGCUAGAGUGGCGCUAAAUGAGAGCUUCAGAAUCUUUUCCCCUGAGCAAGCUGGAAUGAUCACUUGGGCAGUUCAGAACUUAAAGGACCUCUGCAAUUCUGCUACCCUAUGGCAUUAGUGCUAUUCACAUGAACCACACAGGAGUGAUCAAGGAAAUCUGGUAGGGAUUUGACAUUUUAGUGUAUGCCAAUACGGCACUUAAGUUACAUGAAUCCAAUAGUUCUCCUGUAAGAUGAUUUCUGGGUUAAGUUUCCUUUUCCAGGGAGAAGGGAGGAAGAAUUCUAUCAACUAGCAUAUAAAGAUUCAAUCCUGCAGACCUUACGCCAGCAAAACUCCCAUUGACUUUAAUGAGGGUCUUGUCUAUUCAAGGAAUGCAGGAUCAGCCUUGUGUAUUUUUUGUAUCUGACAGCUUGUAGUAAAAAGAAUCCCAGGCAACAAGAAUGUAUUUCUGUAGAACAAAGUUUACAAUGAUAAUAACUUAUUCACUGAAUGUAUAUAUCUAUUUUGUUUUACAGCUAUGGUGGUAUACUGUUAAUUUCCUUUUUAAGAAAGAAAUGUUUUAGAUACGUAUUUUCAUAUUUUAGGUGUUUCUUUUGUAAAAUGUUUGUAUGCAACAGAAUAAAUGAUCCAACAGUGCCUUACUAAGACCAUACUGUUUGUAAUUAUUUAAGCCAAAUUGACACAGGCAUUGGGUUCCAGUGUAAUCAUUUCUGGAGGGGAAUAGCGCAAAAGUAUACCUUGCUGCAAGCAUCUGAUCCCAAAGAGAGCCUUAUUACAAUGUAUGACAUUUGUGGUUUUGAUUACAAUAAUUUGUAUGGAGUCUGUAUCCAUAGCUGCUUUCUUGUUUUAUUGGUAAGUGCAUUUUGUCCUCCUUACACAGCCUGCUUGAAA